CAUCCCUCACCUUCCUAAUCGGGAGAUCAAUAUCCAAAGGCUUUGCCCACAAUAUCAACUAUCCAUCACAUUUUCAACAGAAGUUCAUAAUCACUUAUUUCCCAGCACGAUGCCGGAAACGAAAUACUUUGAGCACGAGCUGACGCUUUCCGCCAACUCUGAGCCGGCGGGCUCCAAGCUUGCGGCGAAACAGGCCUACUGGACGUUUGGUGAUACAUCGAAGCCCGCAGUCUUCUUGCCAACAUGCUACGGCGGCACCCUGGAGAGCACGCUUCCGUUCCUGUACUCCUCGGAGCACAGCUCAGAUCCCAUUCUCCCGCCUUCCCAAUAUUUCAUCAUCGUGGCCGCCAUGCUCGGGGGAGGCGAAUCCUCCUCUCCCUCCAACAGUGGCCAGGGUCCUGACUUUCCGCGCACCACUUACGAAGAUAACAUCCGACUGCAGCACGCCUUGUGCGAGAGCCUAGGCAUCAAGAAGCUCUUCGCCUACAUUGGGUUCAGCAUGGGUGGGCAGCAAGCCUAUCACAUCAGCACGCUGUUCCCCGACUUCGUGGAGCAUAUGGUGUGCAUCGCCGGCAGCGCGCGAACUAGUUGGCACAACUGGUGCUUCCUAGAGGGCCCAAGAUACGCAUUGAUCAUGUCGAAGGACUUUCAAGACGGUCGCUACGAACGGAAUCCGGAAGCCGGGCUGAAGGCCUUUUCGAGAGUAUACAGUACGUGGGCGCUGUCACCGCAGUGGUUUCGAGAUCGCUGUUGGGAGCAGGCGGGCUUCAAGACAUUGGAGGAGUUUCUGGAGGCGAACUGGUCGGGUAAUGGGGAUGCGAAUGAUCGGCUGGCGGAUUUGUGGACGUGGCAGCAUGGUGAUAUCACGUUGUAUCACCCCGAGGAUGGAGGAGACCUGGCGAAGACGUUGGGCAGGAUUCGAGCCAAGUGCUUGAUUAUGCCGUCGCGGACCGACCAGUACUUUCCUCCCGAGGACAGUGAAUUCGAGGUGAAACACUUGAAGCACGGAGAGUAUCGACCUAUCGACUCUGUGUGGGGCCAUAUUGCAGGGUCUGGUUUCAGUGGAGCGAAGGAAGAUACUGAGUUCAUGGCGAAGGAGAUUAAGAGAUUUUUGAAUGUAUGAAUAGCACCAUCUGAAUGGCAAUGUCCUCUGAAAGAG